AUGACCGACCUGGCCGACACCCCCGCCGGCCUCAUCCACGGUCUCAAAACCAGCUCCAUCGCCGCGCAGCUCAUCGUGGCCGUGAUCCUCGCCAUCGCCCUCUACAACUCCGCAGAGCUCGUCGUCCUCAUCUUCAUCACCUUCAAACGCUACCGCGGCCUCUACUUCUGGUCCUUGCUCGUGUCCAGUGUGGUCGGCGUCAUCGCCAGCGUGAUCGGCCCCAUCCUGCACUUCUACUCGCUGGGCCCCCUGCUGCUGGCCCUCCUCAUCUCCAACCUCGGCUUCUACACCAUGGUGCCCGUCCAGUCGCUGGUCCUCUAUUCGCGCCUGCAUUUGCUCCUCCGCGACGAGCGGCGUCUGCGCCAGAUCCUCCGGCUGAUUUGCGUCAGCUCCGCCCUCCUGCUGCCCUCGACGACCAUCACCACCUUGGGUUCCGCCUUCGUCGGCUCUCCCGCCUGGAACACCGCUUACCAGAUCGUCGAGCGCGUCCAGGUCACGGGGUUCUGUCUCCAGGAGCUCUUGCUCUCCGCUUUGUAUAUCCUCGAGGCGGUGCGGUUAUUGCAGGCUGUGAUCUACCACCUCGUGGCGAUUAAUCUCGUCAUCAUCGGCUUGGAUGUCGUUCUGCUCGUGCUGCAGUAUGCCGGGCUCUACUAUCUGCAGGUCGUUUUGAAGUCGCUGGUGUAUAGUAUCAAGUUGAAGCUCGAGUUUGCGGUUUUGGGUCGCCUGAUUACUCUGACUGGCCGGCAUGCCCAUCGCGAGGCGCUCGUGAGACCAGAACCUUCAGAGCCGCAGAGGGUGCCGGACUUUGUGGGGCCGGGGUAUGCGGCGGUGGAUUUCACGCAUCCGGUUCAGACCUCGAAGCCGUCGGUCUCGUCGGGGUGA